GAAAGCGAAACUAUGUCUAACUAGUUAGGUAAGCUUGGGGCUGGGCUUUUCGGGGUUUCCCGAUCGAAAUAUCCCGGCUUUAUCUUAUUAUUUGUACGUAUACCCUAGCGAGCUUAUGACAACUGCAUUGGCUUAAGAACUAUAAACUAUAACUCCAAACACCAAUUCGUCUUGAUAUAUAUAUUCGUCUUGCAUAUUCGUCAUACUUAAAGUCGCAGCAUGGAUGAGAUAACAUUGAUUCUGGAAGGUCUUCCAGCUGACGACUUCAACAACAUCAAACCAAAGUUAGAUCUGUAUUUCAAAAACAAAAGAAGAUCAGGAGGAGAAAUAGCAGAGCUUCGCAGGCACCCGACGGAUGACAAAAAGGCCUUGCUCGUGUACCUACAAGAGGAAGGUGCCCAGAAAGUUCUUGAUAAAAAGGUGCACAAGAUAGCUUUUAAAGGCUUUGGAGAAGUGGAGAUUAUGGUGAAACGGCAAGAUGAUAACAGUUCAAAAACGGCUAAAAUCAAGCCUUCGGAUGCACCUCGUCUUCAAAUGAAUAAACCCGCUCCAGUUAAGACGACGAUUCCCCCCCCACGGAAGAAGCCUCCAGACCUGACUGAAGAUCAUAAAGAGUCAAAACACGAGACCAGUGAAGUUGAUGCCCUUAUUGUGACUAGCACAGAAACAAUUGACAAGGAGAUCCUCCACAUGUAUUUUGAACAGUUCUCAGAGAACUGUGAAAUACAGAAGAAUGGAGAAACUCAGUGGAUUGUUAAAUUUGCCAACUUGUCAGAUGCACAGAAGGUUCUAGCCAAGGAAAAACAUGAUCUGGGGAUCUCGGUUGAGGUGUACAAUGAGCAAGAUAUGCAGAAGAAACGGGACCCUCGGCGAUUCAUCCUGAGUGGGUUUGGUGACAGAUGCAAGUUGCAAGUCGUCUCAUUGUACAUUGGCAGCUGUAGUCAAGGGAGAGAGCACACAUGGGAGAUUCUUGAAGAUGAGAAGAUACUGGUAACCUUCAAAAGUGACAUUGAUAUAGAGUCCUUUCUGAAGAGAUGUGCAACAAAGAAGUGUCAGAGCAUGGAGAUCACAGCCACUUGUGUGGAAUAUACCGACUCUGUGCUUGUCCAAGGCGACAUGAGUGAGGUUUCAGAUGAUGCAUUGAUGUUGUACCUCACCAACAAAAAGAGGAGCCGGGGCGGAGAGGUCAAGUCCUCUACAUGGGACGACAGGAGGAAAAGUGUUGUGGUUGCCUUUGAAGACUGCCAUGUUGUCAGCCGCGUCUCAGAGAAGAAGCAUCACAUUUUUGACACAGAUCUCAGCAUUUUACCCUUCUACUCCAAUCUCCAAAAGACACUGGUGGGCACAGUCCCCUCCUCAUUGGUCAAGCCCUCAGAUGUCACCAUCCCUAUCAAUGAAGCUCUCCAUGAUUACAUUACUCGCAAUGAGGUGUGCAAGAAAGAGAUCAUUAGUGAACUAGGAAAGGUCCAUAGCAACGUCGCCUUCGACAAAAGCUCAGAAACUUGUCUUAUACUGAGUUUUGAUGUCGUCCCAGAGUCUCUGCUCGCACUGAGAUUGGGGUCCAGCUGGGAAGAUAAAGCCAAGAAAGCAACCCAAGACCUUUUGGAUAAAUACUGUGUGGAUGAACUGGCUGUUGAGCCAGAUGUCUGGGCUCGAAUAGAGGGUGACAGCAUCAAGAUGAGUUCCCUCAAUGCCACUGUGCUCUACAAGGAAGAAACUACUACGGUUGUGGUUGUGGGUCUACAGGAUGAUGUGAGGAGCUGUGUGGAUGGUAUCAAGCAGAUUGCGGAGAUCGCCAGCCAAGAGCUGGAGCGGGAAAGGAACACGAUCGAGCAACGGAUCCAGAUGGGCUCCAGGGAGGAGCUGGUUUUCAUCUGGGACCGUAUGCACACCAGUGUAGGAGAGCUGGACUUUUCCAAAGAUGAAACAAGCUUGACUUUUGUCCUCAAAGGUUCGAGGGACCGUGUGACUGAGGUAGAGGGGAUCCUGAAAGACAAACAGAGGGAUGUUGUCAAUCAGCCCCUUGAGUUGUCACCAGCUCUGAUAGAGUUCAUUAACCUUGCAGGUCCAAAGAAAUUAGAGAGAGACCUAGCUCAGAACGACAUAUUUAUUUCCUUAUCGAAUCAAGAGGAAUCCAUUCAGAUCAUUGCAGAACGAAAGGAUGUUAAGCGUGCUGAAGAUAACCUAGGUGAAAUACUCAAAGAAGAAGAGCUCGAUCUUACCCCUGAUCAAGAGAUGGUCACCCAGGGUGAAGAAUGGAAGGAGUUUUAUGAGGGCUUACAGGAUGAGGUCAAAUCCAGCAACAGCGUCCUCCAUCUCAAAGUUCUGGAGGGGAAGAUUCAGGUAUGUGGCUUCUCCACUGUGGUCGCAGACGUGUCAAGGAAGCUCAAAGGAUAUCUAGAAAACAAGAAGCCAACAACUGAAGAAGUAACCCUGAAGUCUGUGAGAGAAGUAGAAUUUGUUCAUUAUUGUAUGAAUCUCUCAGAAUCUCCUGAGCUGAAGUCCCUUCGUGUGACCAUAUUACCCAACAUGACGGAGGGCUCACCUUGUUUGAAGAUUACAGCACCAAGCAGUGUCAUCAAAGAAGCUGUGACUGUGGUGAAGAACAAACUGACACCAAUUGUGAGCGACACAUUCCUUUACCCUAAGGCAGGAGAGUCCAAAGCGCUGGAGAAAAAUCAACAGUCCCUCCACACAAAAGCUAAGGAUAUGGGAUGCAAACUAUACUUCACAGUCCAGAAACCUCCUGAUGUGAAAGUAGCUGAUGGGCUCACAGCAGCUGCUCCUCAACCUUCAGCAGGGGCAGGGGCAGGGGCAGCCUCAGGGGCAGGGGCAACAAGCCCUAUUCCCCCCUCUCCAUCUCAGACACCAAGUUCAGGAACUGACCUAAAAGUGGACAUCAGUGGUGUGUCAGUAUUUCUCAAAAAAGGAGAUAUAACUAAAGAGACAGUUGAUGUCAUUGUGAAUUCCACUAAUACCUCUCUGAAUCUUGCAACUGGUGUUUCAGCAGCCAUUCUUAAAGCAGCAGGACAAUCAGUAGAGGCUGAAUGCAAAGCUCUCGGCACUAUAGCAUCUGAUGCAGUGGUCCUCACCUCUGGUGGGACAUUGUCAUGUCAACACAUUGCUCACAUGGCUGGGCCAAACACUGCUGCUGACAUAACAUCUUCCAUUGAGAAAGUUCUAGAUCUCUGUGAGGGAAAGACAGCUUCUUCUUUGUCAGUUCCUGCCAUCGGAACAGGUAGAGGUGGUAUUGGAGCAAAAGAGUGCCUUAAAGCUAUUGUCAAAGGUCUGGAGAAUCAUCUGUCCUGCACCACCUCAUCAAGUGUCAAAGCCAUGUACCUGGUCAUUUUUGAGCAGAAGAUAUUUGACUCCUGCUCUGACUAUUUCAACAAGAAGAAUAUGCGCUCCUCUACAAUUAGACACAGUCACCACGGAACACUUGCUGCAGAUGAAGUGAAGAUUGGUGGUGUGAGAAUACAAGUGAAGAAAGGUGACAUCACCAUGGAAUCGGUGAGGGGCAUCGUGAACACCACCAGCGGUGACAUGUCCUUGCGAGGAGGGGUUUCAGGAGCUAUAUUCCGGGCAGCCGGACCAUCAGUAGAGCAGGAGUGCAAGACCCAUGGUCCACUCAAAGGCAACACUGCUGCAGUGACCAGCGGUGGCAACCUGCAGUGCGAUUUCAUCAUUCACAUGAUGGGCCCGCACUCUGCGGCCGAUGCAACAUCUCGUGUGCAGAACGUUCUGGAGAGGUGUGAGGAGAAAACCAUCACCACAGUCUCCUUUCCUGCAGUUGGCACUGGUGGUGGUGGUCUGAAGGGACAAGAGGCCAUCAAUGCCAUGUUGCAGGGUAUGGAGGACCAUUUUUCUCAGUGCUCUCCAACGGUCCUGAAGCUGAUCUACAUCGUCAUUGACCGUGACAACAUCCUCCAGGCAUUCUUACAAGGACUUCAGCAGUGGAUGGCCAAAAAGCAGGAUAAUGAUGAUGAAGAGGAAGAUAGUGAAAUUGAGGAUGCGGAUGAAAACAACAGCGGGGAGGAGUUAUCAGCGGAGGAAGAAGAGGAAGAGCAAGACAUGCCAGACGGCCAAAACACUGAAACAAUGAUUGGGCAAAUUAAAGUCAAAGUGUUUUGUGGUGACAUCACAAAAGAGACAACUCAGGCCAUUGUCAAUAGCACCAACACAAGUCUCGACUUGAAUUCAGGAGUCUCAGGAGCCAUCCUGAAAGCGGCUGGACAGGCUGUCGUUGAUGAGUGCAAAUCAAAGGGCGCCCAGCCUAGUGAUGGUAUAGUCCUAACCCAGGCAGGGAACCUGGCCACUAAACACAUUGCCCACAUGGUUGGUCAAACAAAGGAGAAGGACAUCACAAGCUCUGUGUACAAAGUUCUAAAGUUGUGCGAAGAAAACAAUAUCCAGUCUGUGUCCUUUCCAGCACUGGGGACAGGCGCUGGAAACUUAGGAGCAGCACAGGUGGCACAUGCCAUGAUAGAUGCUGUUUCUAAUUUUACCAUUGACAGACCAAAAGCUGUAAAUGCUGUGCACAUUGUCAUAUUCCAACCCAAGAUGUUAUCAGACUUUGUGGAGGCUCUGAAGAAUUUAAAGAAAAUAACACCUACAGCACUACCCACAAGCCUGUAUACACAAAGAUUAUCACUCAGUCUGAAGGCUUUGAAGAAAGCGCACUCUUUUCUGACUAAGGCUGCCCAGCCUUCAGCCAUAUCCCUAGCUGCUGCAGUAGCCAAUGUGACUUUCCCCGUCAUGGCUGUUGAAGUUUACAGUACAUCCCCUAAUGACCUGCUGCAAGUCCAGAAGAUCCUGAACGAUCUUCUCUCUGAGGAGUGUUGCACUGAGGAUGUGGUCUCCAAACAUCUCAACCUGCUCUCCGAGUCUGACAAGCAAGCCAUAGUGGCCCUCAACCAGAGCCAGCAGGUGCAGAUUCUCGUAGCAGCCACCGACAAGCUGUCCGUUUCGGGGAAGAGGGACGACGUGCUGGCCGCCGUGGUGAAGAUAAAGGACCUCCUCCUAGGGGUGCAGGAGAGGGAGACCCGAGAGAGCGAGAAGAAGAGGGUCAAGGAGACCCUGCGGUGGGAGGUUGCAGAGGGCGAGAUGUGGAAGGCGUUUGACUCGAACAUCAACUACACCAUUGAGUUGGCCUUCCAACGGAAAGAGAAGACGGUAGUGUUCCAGGAUGGAGGGGAGACCUAUACGGUGGACCUAAAGAAGAAGACGUGCACAGAUAGUAAAGGGGAAAUGCGGUGUAUAAAAAGGACUCUGCUUGGAGACUCAGACACAGCCAUCAUUCAUCAUCCAGCCACAUGGACUGGGAAAACUCAUGAUAUUGUCGCCCUCUCAUCCACUUCAGAAGAGUACAAGAAAAUUGAAAACGAGUUCCUGACAAGUAGCGUAAACCCUAACCCAACCCUAGUUCAAAAGUAUCAAGUAGUCAAGAUCGAAAGGAUUCAGUGUCUGGACCAGUGGAAGAGGUAUGCAGUGUUGAAGCAGACUAUCGAUAAGAGGCACCCUGGUCAGAAGAAUCAGCGCCACCUUUACCAUGGAACCACCAAGGAAAUCGCUCAAAAAAUCAACUCAUAUGGUUUUAACAGGAGCUUCUGCGGCAGGAAUGCCACUGUCCAUGGUGAAGGGACAUACUUUGCCAAAGAGGCAUGGUACUCCUGCUGUGACCAGUACUCAAACCCUCAUGCGGGUCUGAAGUACAUGUACAGGGCCAGAGUUCUGACCGGCUCGCCCUGCAAGUCUAGAGGUGCCAUGAAGGAACCUGACCCACUGGACGCCAACAACAUGCGAGCAGGCCUGCAUGACUGUGCCGUGGACAACCUGGCCAAUCCCUUCAUUUUUGUGGUGUUCUGUGAUGCUGGAGCCUACCCUGACUACCUCAUCACAUUUAAAAAAGCAUGAUGGAAGAACUGGCCUCUCGAUCAGAUCUUUAAAAAUAAAAAUAAUAAUACACAUUACUUCAGAGCCUUUCAGCAAAUAUCAUAUUGUCUUCCGAGAGGAAUACUGUUCUACUGUAAUAUUAUACAGAUUAUACUCAGGUAAUCCCAAAACUUGUAAUCCAAGUUUGCCUUUCUGGUUUUUCUAUUCUACACAAACGCUAUACAAUUUUAUUAACGACCUAUUUUUUCUGUAAUGUUGUUUACUAAAUGAACUCUGAUUUAACUGUGGGAAACAACUUGAAACAGAAACUAAUAUUCUAGUUGUUUGGUGACCUAAGGUCACUGACUGUGACAUUUAGAUGUGACAGUCAAUUAAAUUGUAUUUCCAUUUUUAACUAAAUAUGUUGAUUGUUAUCAUUGCCAGAAUUAAGGUAACUACCGGAGCCUUUUCUAAUGAGACCUGUGAAUCAACCACAAAAUAAAGAAACACAACAGCA